GUUUGGCUUCUCUGGACAGCGCUUGUCAUCUCACACCUAUCUGUAAUGAAAAUCAUCUGAGCUAAAUUGAUAAUUAGAUUUCCCCAGGUAUCACAGACAAUCGGUAAUUAUGAAGUGUUUUGCAAAGUUCAGUGUUUAUACUGCUGAGAGAGUUGUUCUACCUUGGUGUGAAAUCGCCUAGCGACGGUAAGUGGGCGACAAUCAAGUCGGCAUAAUGGGGUUUGCUGUGCUGAACAGACCUUAUGUCAUUUUAACAAGCAUGCAUUAUGAAUAGGUGCACGCCCGGUUUUUACACUGUGGGAAACCCGUCCGUCCUCUCCCAGCCUUGCCGCAGGUGAGAGCGAACCGCAGGAGAGAAGCGGAAUAAUUAAUGAGCGAUUUAAACGCUUGCGUGACUGACGAAAACACCCGUCUGGCUGGAUAGGUGAGGCGAGUCAUCCCCGUCCCACAUCAUGGCGGACGCCAUGCGCAGACACUGCGCCCGGUUCUCGGACAAACACUCCUAAAAACUCGGAUAUUACACUGGUCUGUCGCAGAACGACGUCAAGAUGAUCCGCGACACGUCUUCGCCGUUCCAGCAGAUCAAGUACAAGGUGGUUAAGAAGGAGGGGACGGACUCGCCGAGGUCGGAAGAGUCGUCCGGUGGUUCCGCCCAGGUGAGUGUUAGUAGCACUAAAGUAACAACCACCACACGAAAAACCGUCCAGCAGGGAGCCGGGCCGACGGCCACUGUUCAAACAGAGCUAGUCGGGUUGGAGGAAGUUGACGAGGUCAAGAAGUUAGUGAAGAGUUAUCUCGAGAAAAUCGAGCAGCUAGAGGACGAAAAUGCGUCGCUGCGUGACACGGUGGGCGCUGCCAUGGCGGCAGGCGAAGGGGGUGGAGGGGGAGGGCGAAUCACGUCCCAUUCGCACGCGCUGCAGUGCCCGAACUGUGGGAGCUCGGGCGAGAGACAUGGAUCUGUACUACAAACAUUGACUCAGACAGGAAUUCGAAGCGAGGAGGUCGUUGACACUGUCACAAAAGAAGGCCAAACUGUUAAGAUAUUCAGGUCGAGCACACAGACAACAAGCGUAGAUAGCGAAACGUCCCACACAGCCCAACACAGAGAUAGCACAACAGAUGAUGGCACAGUGACAUCUGUCGAGCUGGGCCAAGAAAUCCUACUACAAAAAGUCCACUCGCUUGAAGACGAAAAUAGGCUAUUGAAGAGUAGGCUGGAAUCUUUAGGCGAACCAAAAACAGACCCUGAUUCUGAAGAAGGGGAGGAUAGUUUUGUAAUGAUUGCCAUGGGGCAAGAAGCUUUGGGGGAAGUGGACAUACAUACUCUGCAAAAUUACAGUAAAGAAGAGCUCCUGACAACGGUCACACACCUGAUCACUGAGAAUAAAACUCUCAAAGUCAAAGUUGAAGAAGUACAAAUUCUCAGCCCAUCUAAGGUACAUUACGGUGAUAUUAUUGGAGGGCAGACACAGGGGCUUCAGAAAACAGAAGGAAACAAGAGGGCACUAGAACAACUUGAACCUGAAGCUAGGUUGGCACUGUUCCAAGAUUCAAACGCACCAUUGACAAUACAAGUGGCGAAACCUAAUACCCUACAGAGUCAACUAGAUGACGCAAGGCAGUCAAAUACUGAGAACAACCUAGUGCAGGGCAAUUCAUUUACGCAUGCGCAGUACGAGCAACAGGUGGUUGGCCUGCAAGUCCAACUGGACAGGCUUAAGGAGGAAAACUCCACACUCGCUGCGCAAGUGGAAAACUCCGCUGACGCAGAGUCAGAGACGCGAAAAAUCCAAGAGGAGGUCGCCUACUUAAGAUCUGAGAUCGAACGACUGACCACAGAGAAAGACAACUACGCACAACAGGUCGAGAGGUCACGGGAGGUCAUUGCCCUCGGAGGCGACGGUGCGUUACGGGAGCUGACAGAAGGGAUAAGUAGCCUACAAGCGCAGUUGAAGGAGAAGGCUGACGAACUGGACGACACAGAGAAGGUCUUGGCUUCCGUAAGGUUGGCGCUUGACGCCGCUAGACAGCAGAAGUACAAGUUUGAGGAUGAGAAGACUCGACUUAAAGGAGAGGCAUCAAAAUCUUCUGCCAUGCGUCAAGAGGUAGAAACCUUGAAGGCACAGCUUGAAGUGUCCAAGAAGUCGGAAAUAAUGCUGGUGGAGACCCUUGAGCAAGUAGAGGCUCUACAGAAAGACAACGCCAGGCUGGAGAGUGAGCGGGAGGCACUGAAUCUGAAGGUGGACGAGACAGCCAGGGACUUUAUGAAAGUGCAACUACUCGAACAACAAGUGGAAAAACUGAAUGUUGAUCUGAAGAAACAAGAAGAAACUGAGAAAGAGCUACAAGAAGUGAAAGAAAGCCUUGAUGCAGCGAGACAUGAGAGAGAAAGUCUACUGGCGGACCAGGCGGCGUACAAUAGACAUAAGGAGGAAGUAAGAGAAGCAAAGGAAAAGAUACAGGUCUUGCAAGAGACGCUAGCCCUUCUCGCAAAGCAAGUCAAGGACGCCGAUAUGAUGGAGAGAGAUCUGGAGACAGCACUCAAGGAGGCGCGAGAGAAUCUUACAGCGGUUACGUCAGAGAAGGCCACCCUUCUUCAAGAAGCCGAGAGUCGUGCAAAGCAGCUUGAGGCACAACAAGGGAAAAUAGAGACCCUAAAAGGACAGGUAGAGGACGCUGAUAGUCGAACAAAGGAGCUUGAAGCAGCCCAAGAGAAAAUACAGAUUCUUCAGGGCCAAGUUCAAGACGCUGAGAGUCGCACAAAAGAGCUCGAAUCAGCACAAGAGAAAAUACAGACGCUACAGGUUCAAGUUGAAGACACUAAGAGUCGCACAAAAGACCUUGAAGCAGCACAACAGAAAAUACAGACGUUACAGGGACAGAUAGAAGAUGCUGAGAGUCGUGCAAAAGAGCUCGAGCCCGCACAAGAGAAAAUACAGACGUUACAAGGAAAAGUCAAUGAUGCUGAAAGUCGUACAAAAGAGUUUGAGGCCGCACAAGAGAAAAUACAGACGCUACAAGGACAAGUUCAAGACGCUGAGAGUCGAACAAAGGAGCUUGAAGCAGCACAACAGAAAAUACAGACGUUACAGGGACAGAUAGAAGACGCUGAGAGUCGUGCAAAAGAGCUCGAGGCCGCACAAGAGAAAAUACAGACGUUACAAGGAAAAGUCAAUGAUGCUGAAAGUCGUACAAAAGAGUUCGAGGCCGCACAAGAGAAAAUACAGACGCUACAGGGACAAGUUAAAGACGUUGAGGGUCGUACAAAUGAGCUUGAAGCAGCACAGGAGAAAAUACAGACGUUACAAGGAAAAAUAGAAGAUGCUGAGAGUCGUGCACAAGAGUUUGAAGCAGCACAAGAGAAAAUGCAGGCACUACAAGGACAAGUCCAAGACGCUGAGAGCCAAACAAAAGAGCUCGAAGCAGCCCAAGAGCAAAUACAGAAGCUGCAAUUAAAGGUUCAAGACGCUGAGAGUCGUGCAAAAGACCUUGAAGCAGCCCAAGAGAAAAUACAGACGUUACAAGGACAGAUAGGAGAUGCUGAGAGUCGUGCAAAAGAGCUUGAAGCAGCACAAGAGAAAAUAACGGCACUGCAACAACAGGUGCAAGACGCUGAGAGUCGUACAAAAGAACUUAAAGCGGCACAAAAGAAAAUAAAGGCGCUACAAGGGCAAGUUAAAGAAACCGAGAGUCGUACAAAAGACCUUGAAGCAGCCCAAGAGAAAAUACAGACGAUGCAAGAAAAAGUUAAAGAUGCUGAGGAUCGUACAAAAGAGCUAGAAGCAGCACAACAGAAAAUACAGAUGCUACAAGGUCAGGUUCAAGAUUUGGAUGCAAAGAGUACAGCACUCGCAACAACAAAGCAGCAGUUUGAGUUCACGAAGAAAGAACUUGACGUUUUGCAAGUUAAGAAUGCGGAGCUGGAAACCCAAGUAGCCGACAUAAGCGACUUGAAGAAAGAGAUCACCGUGGCACGCUCUGUGAUUCAACAGCUUAGAGAAGGCGACGAGCAGGCGGAGUCUAAGCACAAGGAAGAAUCUGCCAGACUGGUGAAAGAUCUAGAGAUAUCCAAGGAAAACAUGGACACCUUGAUAACAGAAAAGGACGCCCUGGAAGCAAAAUGCACGACGUCGGCGAAGGAGCUAGAAGAGGCCCGUCUUCACAUCAAGACCCUUGAAGCUGAGAAAGAGACCCUGCUGACGGCAGAACAGAAACAGAAGGCAAAGGACCUACUAGAAGCGCAAGAUCAAUUGGAAGUGUUGAGUGAGGAAAACAAACGACUUCUGAAGGAACAGGACAAGCUUCAGAAACAGAGCGAAGAUCUGAAUGUAGCAAGGAAACAGAUACAGAGUCUCCAGGAGAAGUUUACGGUACAGGCGGAGCUUUUUGACAAAAUUCAGGGUGAUUUGACCAAAAAGGUUGAUCUUGUGGAAGAUUUACAGAUAGAAAAUCAGAAACUACAAAAUCAGAAUACGACUCUGGGCGCUGAGAAGGAGAAGAAACACAAUGAACGCGUCGUCGCACUUGAGACCGAGAUUGGGGAACUGACGUCUCGUCUGGAAAAGGCCGAGGAAGUGAAGCGGGACCUCCAAGCCACAGAGAAAGAACUGGACAAAAUUCGCACUGAAAAGGAACAGUUUAUACAAGAAAGAGAGGUCUAUCAGGUACAGCUUGCUAAAAGAGAAGAAGAAGUCGCCAAUACCUCCUUGUUGGAAACAGAGGUAACCACCCUUAAAGAGAAGAUACAGGACUUAAAGAGGUCCGAGCAGGAACUUACGGAGAUGCAAAAGAAGUUUGCCGCCAUCAACCAGGAAUGUGAAGAUAGGGACAGAGCACUUGAGGAACUGCGGAAGGAAAAAGAAGUUUUCUGUAACCAACUUAACGAAAUGGAAGGCUUAAAAAAGGAGAUAGCCAUAGCCCGAAACGUCAUCAAAGAGCUUCGAGAAAGUCAGGAGAUGACGUCAGAGCAGGAACAGAAGAGUAAGGAACUUACUAGCGCCUUGGAGAAGACGAGAAUGGAGGUCAACGUCCUUCAAGAGGAGAAGGAAGAGAUGUAUAAGCGUUUUGCUGCCUCACAAAAACAGCUAGAUGGCGCCCGCAGUCAAAUAGAACAGCUAGAGGACGAGAAAAAGUCUGAAGACGCUACAGAGUUGAAAGCACAACUCGAAGAAGCAAAAACGUCGCUAACUACGGAACUACAGAACUUCUUCACCGUUCAGUCAGAACUGCAGGGUGCUUUGGAGAGGAUACAAACAUUGGAAGAAGAAAAGAAACUGCUAGAAGAGGAAGCGAAGGAGGUAACCAUUCUAGAGAGGGAGCUUUCAGUCGCUAGAGAAGAGUCACACCAGCUUCGAGUAGAGAAGAGCAGUACUACAGAGAAGGUCGAAGCAAAGGAUAUACAGACAGACUCGGGAGUAGCUAAGAAACGUGCAGACAGACUAAAAAGGGAGAGAGAGGUACAUGUCGAGCAAAAAAGGCAGUCCGAAAAGCUGGUGAAAGAUCUUGAAGCCGCGAAAGAGGAAAUUCAACGCCUAAAGGAAGAACGUAAUAACGACGAUGAAAACAAUCAAACAUCCGUCUCUUCAACAAGCAUCUCAACAAAUGUGGUGAUUACUACAGGAGAGUUUGAGGGGAUCGAAACAGAACUGUCUAAGGCAAUGGAAAGGAUACAAGCAUUGGAGGAAGAAAGGAGGCAUUUGAAGGACGAAAUAAGGAUGGCUCACCAACAAGAGACGAACAUUUCGGGUGACAGUCAGAAACAGGAAUCAAACAAGAGUGUUUCAACAGGUAAAAGUGACACUGGGGUCACGCAGACAGGCACGAGAGGUGAUAGAAGUCAUGAAAAUAAACAACUAGCGCAAGUGACUCAUAGGCAGGAAAACCAGGUGGAACAACCUGAAAAGGAACAACGAGCCCAAAAGGGAGACAUGAAGAGCCCUCAAGAAAAGGAUAGUGGAAAACGUACAAAUGGUGAAGCGUCUGUUUCACCAGGAAUUGCUCCAACCAUUCUAAUCACGACCGAAGUAAAUGACAUCCAAACAGAAGUUCAGGAGUUAAAGGAAAGAAUACAAUUGUUGGAGAAGGAAAAGAUGCAGCUACAAGCAGAGGUUAGCACCCAAAAUACAGGCAUUUCGACAGGGGGAGAAAAAACACAGUGGCAAGGACCAGAUAGCAGUACUUCGGAGAGCGUGGAAGCAAAGGAGAUACAGACCGAUCCUGGAGUUGCUCGAAAGCGUGCUGCUAAACUCAGACGAGAGGGGAUACCAAUGGGACAAAAUGUACAGUCUGAAGAAACCAGGAAAGAAAGACACAGCUCAGGAGAAGAUGAUGGUGAUGAUGAUGGUGUUGGCAAUGGCAAUAUUGAAAGGUUUGUUUCUAUAACAACUGAAGAGGCACAGCGGCAUGGAUCAGACAGCAAGUUAUCAGAGAGAGUGGAAGCAAGGGAAAUACAGACAGACCCUGGUGUCGCUAGAAAACGGGCAGCAAAACUCAGGAGGGAGAAAGGAGCAGAAGGCAAGAGAAUACGGUCAGAAAAAACAAAGAGCAAAGUCUCAAAGAAAGAGAGACACAGCUCCAAAGAAAGCGAAGAAGAUGAUAAUGGUGGUAGUGACGAUGGCAACAUUGAAAGAUUUGUCUCUACAAAACCUUUGUUAAGUGAAGAAUCACUGCAGCAUGGUACACCAGAGAGGGUGGACGCAAAGGAGAUACAAACAGACCCUGGUGUUGCUAGAAAACGUGCGGUCAAACUCAGAAGAAAGAAAGAAGCACCAGGCCAGAGAAUACGGUCAGAGGAAACUGGGAAUUCCAAGGAGAGCAAACUCGCAAAGAAAGAAGGGCUUAGCUCCACAGAGGAGGAAGAAGAUGAUGAUGCCAGUGAUGAAGCUGUUAGAAUUGAAAGGUCUGUUUCGCCAAACGAGAAAUCCAGCAAUGCAAAGGACAUCCAAACUGAACCUGGGGUGGCAAGAAGACGGGCAGGCAAACUGAAGAAGGACAAGGAAACAGUUAAAUCUCUAAAAGCAGAACUUCAGGCUGCAAGAAAAGAAAUUGACCGUCUAAACGAGUUGCAUGUCAAGAUGGCAGCUGAUCUCCAGGAGGUGAAUGAAUUGCGGUUACAACAUGAUGAGAUGAGAGGGAAGUCUGAAAAGCAGGAAGCAACUUUAAUGGAAAAACGUGAGGUGACAAGAGAAAAAACUGUACAGUCGGUAGAGCACACGGGCUCUAUGGAAACAAGGACACAGACUAAGACAAUGGCACUGGGAAAUAGAGAUGAUAGGAUGGAAGAGUCUGAUCUCCCCCAGCUAACCAAAACUGCUAGCAACGCAAGAGCCCAACCAUCUUCAAGUUCAAGUGAGGCUGAAGCGUCAGGUCUGGCUCCAAAUGUAGGCAGAUACGAGUUACUAGUUGUCGACGAAACUUACCUCAGUACUCUAUCUGACACAGAAAAAGUCACUGUUCUGAUGGAGCAACUGCACAGCACCAGUGUUGCAAUGAAGCAACUGGAGGAAGAAAAGGAACAGUUGUCCAUGGAAGCAACCAACGUGGUAGCCCUUCAGCAGCAGUUAUACAUGGUGCAAACAGAAGUGGAUGACUUGCGUCGAGACAAAAAAGGCACCAUCGAAUCCACUGGCAUAGAAGUGGGUAUUGGAGCAGAACCUGGCUCAAUUAGGGAAGAGGAGGAAGACCUUAAUGACGAGUUGGAGAAGGUAAAAUCUCGACUGCUUCAGUAUGAAACCCUAGACCAUCAAUUGGCGGAAGCAAGGGACACAGUGGACACCCUUCUUUCUGUAAAAACAAGUCUCGAAGAAAGAGCAACACUGUUAGAAAACCAGGCAAAGGGCAAUGAAGACAUGCUUCGAGAGCUUGCUAAGCAAAACGCAGAAAUGAGAGAUGAGCUCAUGAGCGUGGAGUUCCUGAAGAGGGAAGUGAGAGAACUGUUAUUUGGGGAUACCUCUCCAUCUGUGGGCAACCUUUCUCCUAUGUUGUCUCCAAGCAGUAGGAAGUUGCUGGAAGCUGGAGGAGGCUCCACGAGGUUUGAGUUUGGCCCUGGAACUGGGUACAGGGGAUCAGGCAUGAGACAGAGAGUUGACAGGGCAUCUGAUACUGACGACAUUGAUGGUGCAUCAUCACAGGGUGCUUCGACGGACAACUAUACCACAGCAGAGGAUAGUGCUCGAAGCACCUCGGAUAGCGACAGAGAUCUCAUAGGCAGAACCCCCACCCAAACAUCUGGAACUCAGAAAUCUAAAACAAACGAAAUAUUGGCGACUAUUGUCUCAACGGAAAAUGUUAUAGUGGAAAGUGAUGACAGUCAGGACAGUAUUGAGGUUCUCAGAGUCUCAGUAGUAGGGUUGGAUGACAGAAAAGAAGCUACUGGGAGUUCAGGUGAGACAACAAGCUCAACUGUGGUGAAGACUACCCGCCUUGAUACAACCGAUGGAGAAGUCACACCGACUAAAGGGGCUCAUGUUGCCAGUAGAAAGCGACUUACGUACCAAGAGGAUGACAAAGGAAUGUCCACCAUUGAAGAGAGCAGACAAAGGAGACAAAUCAUGGAGAGCAAAGGAAGACAAGGAGGACAAGAUGGUUCGUCUGUCAGUCAGGGUCCAGAUGGCAUUGUUGAAAUGCAAACUGGUUCCGAUCACCAUGAUGCUGAAAAUACGGAAGACAUACAGGCUAACAAUGCCAGAAGAGAACAAACAAGUGCCUCAGAGUCUGGAGGUCAGCAUGCAAACAGGAUGGAAGGAGUGCAGGAAACAUCUGACCGUCAAGGUACAGGAAUAACACAAGAAGACAUCAGUUCCAGUCAUGAAAAAGUAACCGAACAAGCCAGUACAAGCAGCACAGCCAUCAUUCCAGGGAAAGAAGGAAAGGUCAAUAAAGGAGUUCAGGAUGACUCCAUAGGUGAUCAAGGACAGGACAUGCCUGUCUCUGAGACAAGUGAUGGAAUGUCUGCUUCUAACAUGAUCAGGGAUACAAAAGGUGUAAAGAAAGGCUCAUCUGAGAAGUCUGGAGUUAGCUGGUUCCAGCAAAAUGUUGGAUCUUUAUUUGGGCCAACGCCCUCCACCAAGCAAAAGACAGAUGACAGUCAAGGUGGAAAAGAUGAUGCCAACGACACAGGAUCAUUUGAACAUGGAGAAAAAGUCAAAACAGAUGAUAGGUCCUCAUUGUUAUCACAAGCAGACAACACAGCUGACCAGGACACCACCUUAACUGUACCAUCACAGGAAGCAUCUGACACCAAUGUUGACACUAUGAUAAAACAACAACUUGGAGUAGCUGCUGUUACAGAAGAGACCAAACAAGUUAUCAAGAACACACAAUCCAUUAAACUUCUCAUUGAAAAUCUCCAGAAAAUCCAAAUACGUAUCUGGCAGAGCUUAAGCAAAGGUGACAAUCCAGACAGUGAUGCAGACUCUGCAAUAAUGGAGAUGACAGAAGAGAUGAAAGAGAAUCUAGAAGAGAUGACCACAGUGCUUGCUGUUUUGCGUUCGUCUGUGUCUCAUGAAUCAAACAGUGGUGAAGAUUGUGACACUGAAGGCCAAGAUUUCAGCAAGGCUCAAAAAGAGGAUCUCGUGGCAAAUCUGCAGCAGUUGUCUACAAGUAGCGAAGAAAUAGAAGUGAUCCGAGAGGAAGUGGCAAACCUGUGCAGUCGCAACAGUGGUGACCCCGAUAAAAGCAGCCAAAUCCAUAGCAUUGUUGAAAGGCUGAAAAUCAAGCUCAGCACUGCAGUAACUGCAGUUACGACAAUGCAGCAGACGGAGGUUCUUAUUCUCAAAGACAACGAACAAGCAGAUGAUGAGGAGCGACCAGGGGACCACAAAAGCCGACAGGACGACGAAACAUCUACCAGAGGCUUCUUUGAUGGGAUAAGAGAUUGGUGGCGAGGUCCCUCAGACAAAACAUCAUCCUUGACCAAGGAGAUACCACCUGGAGAUCCAAAAUCCAGUACUUUGGUUGUUGGAGGAACAAGUCCAAUGCAAAACGUAUCAGUCAGAGAACCCUCACUUGAUGACAUCCUUGCUCCUGAAGACAAGGUAGUAAGGUAUAAGACAGAAAAACAUGGCACUGGUGGUUCUGUAGACACAAGAGGUACUGGUACCACAGAUUGGCAUGUUGUCAGUUCAUCAGGACCAUCACAAGCAAAACUAGGAACUAUAAGUGAGCAGCAGACUACAGAUGCCACUCGCUCAGACCUAAAGGACUCUUCCAGAGCUACACCAGCUGGGCAUCUACAGAAUAUACAAACCAUCAAAGUUCUUAUUGAAGAACUCUGCAGGAUAAGGACAGACAUGGCAGAUACUUACAGCAGAGAAAUGAAGAGAAGCAGUGAAAAAGUGGACACACCUGACAUUGACUUGCAAACCACAGGUGAGAAGAUGAGAGAGAAACUAGAGGAAGUGACAACAGUACUGGCUGUGUUACAAACAUCUUUAGAUGUGGAGGAAGAUGGGCAAACAGCAUCUAAAACUGACAGUUCAGCCAACAAAGGUGAAAGAAAGGAAGUGUAUGGAAAACUUCAAGAGGUAUCUAUAUGUGUGGAAAACUUGAAGAAAAUGCAGAAUGACAUAGAAAGCUCAUAUAAACAACUCGGGACUGAAGACGGCAGUCUAGAUGAAUCCAUCAAGAUUGAGGCAGACAUCUCAAGAGACUUGGAAAGUAUGGGUGACAAGGUAGAUGCUGCACUUAAGUCUGUCACUACAAUAGAGGAAGAAUUGGCCAAUUUGAAAGAUGACAAAACAGAGAGCCCCCCAGGAGAGGGCAGACCAUGGAGUAUCCUCGGUGGACUAUCCUCAUGGUGGCACAGAGGCCCAGGCAAAGAUUCAUACAUACCAAACAUUUCAGUACCAGAAGAUGCAGGCGACAAUGUAGACAUCUCUGGAACUGAAAGGGAUGAAACUGUAGAGGAUGAAACUGUUCCUGACCUGUCAGAUGAGGCAAAAGAAACCAUCGCCAACAUGCAGAUCAUGUGGAUUUACAUGGAAGAUAUGCAGAACAUCUAUCGGGACAUUUUGGAGGUAAAAAACGAAGAUGCACCUGGAGAAACAGACAGGAGCACAAGCAAGAAAAUCCAGGAGAAAACAGUAGAAAUGGACCGUAAGUUGGACAGCAUCACUUCCUUAGUCAGGUCUACAACCAAGAUAUCUAACAUGGAACAGCAGCAUUUUUUAGCACUGAUGGCUAAGUUCCAAAAGAUGAACAAGAACUUAGCCGACUUGAAGAGAAAACAAGAGGCAGACACCGAGAGGGGCAGGGACACAGCACAUGUUGAUGCAAAAAUACAGAGGAAAAUUGAGAGGAUGGGAAACAGACUCUGUCGGAUGGCAAAGAUGGUACGGAAGAUGGAAGUGCAGGCCAUCAGCCAACUUACAGCAGAAACAGAUUCAGGAUUCUUCAGUCGGUUAUUUGCAACAGAAAGUGCACCUGGGACACAACAAAUCUCAGAUGAUCCAGAUGACAUCCAAGAAACCACAAGCGAAGAGGCAACAGACAUAGAUGACCAUGGUGAAGAGGACACUAUUGAUAACUCGGCACCAACAGGACCAGUGGUGUCCCCAGAGGCUACAGCUUUUAUUGCAAACAUGCAGAUCAUCACAAGCCACAUCCGUGAAAUGGAUACCAUCUGCAAGGAUACAAUAGAUGAUUACAGUUCUCAAGAAUCAGAGGAAAAAACAGCUGACAAAGUGGAGGAAGGGAUGAAUGCAAUUAAAGAGAAGGUAGACAGAACCUUAUCCUUGUUAGCAGACAUAGAGACUGGCAUUCCAACUGAACCUGCCGAAGGAAAUCAGCAAGACAGCAACAAGGAGGAACAGGAGAAACGCAUAACCAGAACUUCUACAGUGCUGAAAGAAGUUCAUGAGCUAUGCUGUGAGACAAUAGACUAUGUUCAAGUGCCCUCACUGGUUGAUGGCCAAGAUGAGGAUGUGGCAUUAACACAAGAGAUGGUACAACAGAACAUGAGAAAAAUCCAGACAAAGCUAGAGAUGUUACCUGAAAUCCUUGCCAGAAGUGAAAAUAUUGCCUCAGAAGAACAGGCAUCCAGUGCUAACUCAAUAGAUAUUGGGGACUUGAGUCAACUUGAAACAACACUCCCUGAUGAAAAGGACAACCAAGUAAGUAGUGCAGAAGACCUCGCCAUCAACGUUCAAAAGGCAAUAACACACAUCACAGAGUUGGAUGAGCUGCAAAAAACAAUUGGAGAGCUAUACACAGAACGAUUCCGGGACGACACUGACAAUGUACGAAGUGAAGAGGUUGAUCAGGUUCUGCAACGAGAAAUGAAGAACAUGGGAUCACAAAUCCAGGUGAUCUGGCAUCUCAUUCCCGACCAACCAAAUGCAGCUCAGUCAACAGAAGCAACCGCGGCAAAUGAAGACAGUGCCACUUUGCUAGGUCUGACGGAUGCAGGAUGGGAGAAGUUGUCUCAAGUCAGCGGCACUUUGCUGGAAUUAAAGGCUAGGCAGGGUACAUUAAUCAAAGUGUACCAAAAGAGAGUGAGGGAGGGGGAGAGAGGCGAAUUGGGUGCACCGUCAUGCAUUUUUCUGGAUGCUCAGAUGGAAAAAGAGAUGGCAGGUGUAGAAGCAAACACUGGGAGUACCAUCCAACAACUUUCGGAAGUGUUGGAAGAACUCAAGGUAGCACAACUUGAUGACACAACAGAUUCAUUACCAAAGGUUGGAGUUCAACAUCCAGGAAUCAUCAGUCGCCUUUUCUGGUGGAGAAGACAAGAUGAAGAUGAUGAAGAUGAUACUGUUAUGCCAGAGGAAACAAUGAUUUUGAUAGCAAAUAUGCAGAUUCUGUGGGUUUACGUCACAGAAAUUAAAGAAACGCAGACAUACCUUCAAGAUGCCUACAGUGACAGGUUUGGGGAUGGCAUCACAGAGGAACAAUGCGAAGAAGUGGACAAAGCCAUCCAAGAACACAAGGAUAACAUGGAUGCUAAAGUAGAGAAAGCACUGGCAGUGGUCCAAGAAAUUGAAGAAAGUCUUGUAGAACAAGAAAAUGGUGAAGAUGAAGCCCAGCAGGUUACAGCAAACAGCAAACUACAGAAGGUAGCAUCGCUGAUACAGGAGGUAAGAAAUAAAAACAUCCAAGUUUCAGAGAUGUACAAGAAACAGGCUACUGAAGAAGAAGGAGAUGGAAAAGAUGAAGAUAGCAAAGCCUUCAUUGAUGCAAAGAUGCAACAGGUGCUACAAAACGUAUCAAGAAAACUCACCCAGACAGAACGGCUGGUUACAGCAGCUGAGGGACUGGCGCUUGGUCACAAACUUGCAGACGAAACAGACGGUACAGAUGACGAUGCUGCUGAAGAUGAAACCCUUGACACUCAAACAGACAUUGCCUCAACAGAAGCUGAGAAGGAAGAAUCCCGAAGCUGGUUUGGGGGCUGGUGGAGUCACAAAGCAUCAACCACACCUAGUACAAAGUCUCCUGUGGAAGCACCAAGGGAAGUCAUUGAAGAAGAUGAUGUAAACACAAAUGAAGACGAUGAAGACACAGCAAGUGAAAAUACGCAACAGAGUACAGGAGCUUUCAGACGACUGCUGCGCUGGUAUAGUAGUGGGUACAAGCCAGACCAGGUGACAUUUCCUGAGAAAGAAGAGCUUGAAGACCUAACUACAAGCCACCCUGAAGUGGAUGCAACAGGUGAAGAGAGCAUAGCUGACACAAUUAAGGCCAGCACUAAAGCUGCUAUGUCUGCUGUUCUAGGCCUAAAGGAAGUAUGUGCCAAGUACCAAGGACAGGCCAUGGCUACUACAGAGGAGAAAGGCCCAGAGCAGAAUGAAGAAGUCGAGUUGGAUGAUGAAGGCAUGCAACAAAACAUCACUGUGAUUGGCCAAAAGAUUACAGAUCUAACAGAAUAUGUCAACGAAAUUAGACUUGUAACACAGUAUGACAUCAGCAAGGACAAAGAGGACACAGAACUAACAAGUGAUGAACAAACCGAAAAGGGAAAUAUAGGCGUUGAGGAGGAAAGUCAGAAAUUCAUUGUUAGCUUUGAUAAACUUCUAGUUCAAAUGGAAGAACUAACAUCAUGUAAAACAGAGCUUCAAACCUUAUCCAGUGCAGAAAACCCUGUUGAGGAAGAACACCAGGAACCAACUACAAGAAUCUUUCAGGUUAUGACAGAGCUGAACAUAAAGAUAUGUGAUGUUGGUGAGACUCUUGCUGAGAUUGAGCCUAAAGCACUUGCACACUGUGAGUCUAUCAAGACUGCCAAACAAAGUACUGUGGAUGAGACAGUGCCUACAACAGAUCAGGAGGAAAGUGGAGGUGCUCUAAGCAGGCUUUUUGGAUGGGGACCAGUUGGUGUCUUCUGGAGGAGAAAAGAAGAAGAGGAGGAGGGUGAUGGCCCAGCCAUGCCAAAAGAGAGAAUGACUCUGAUAGCCAACAUGCAGAGUUUGUGGGUUGACAUCACCGAAAUGAAGGAGAUUCAGACUCGUCUUAAUGACGCCUACAGUGACAGGUUUGGGGAUGGCAUCACAGAGGAACAAUGCGAAGAAGUGGACAAAGCCAUCCAAGUACACAGGGAAGGCCUGGAUGCUAAAGUAGAAAGUGUACUAUCAGUGGUACAAGAAAUUCAGGGAAGCUUUAAUGUGGAACUAGACAGCGGCACCAAUGCAACACAGCAGGUCCAAGCAAACAGCAUGCUUCAGAAGGUCGCAUCACUCAUACAGGAAGUAAAAGAUACAAACAUCCAAAUCUCAGAGAUGUACCACAAACAGGUGGGUGGAGACGAAGAGCCUCAUGAUAGCAAGGAAGGAAGUACAACAGCCUUAACUGAUGCAAAGAUGCAACAGGAGCUACAAAAUGUGUCCCUAAAACUCAGUCAGGCAGAACGGCUUGUCACAGCAGCCGAGAGACUGGCGCUUGGCUACAGACUCACAGAUGAAAAAGAUGAAGAAACCACUGAUGGCACAACAGACAUUUCUACAUCAGAAACAAAGCAAGUGGAUGUUAAACCGAGCUGGUUUCGUGGAUGGUGGAGUAACCAGGUAACAACUGUUGCAGAAGAAACAGAUCAUGAAACUCCUGAUGGUGCAACAGACAUUUCUACAUCAGAAGUGCAGGAAGAGGAUGUUAAACCGAGCUGGUUUCAUGGAUGGUGGAACAGCCAAGUAACAACAGAACCAAGCACACAGGCCUCUGUGGACGGACCCAGUGAAGUCGAGGGUAAUCCUGACAUUGACAGAAAAGCAGACAAUGAAGACCAAGAAGGUGAGAACGACUCACAAAGUACAGGUCCAGGACCAUUCAGACGGCUUUUCCGCUGGUAUAGCAGUGGAUACAACCCAGACCAUGUAACCUUUCCUGAUGAUGAUGAACUCAUAAAUCUAGCUCCUGCCUCCCUUGAAGAGGAAGAAAAUGACAUGCAGACUACCGCUGAGGCAAUAAAGAACAGUGCAAAAGCUGCUACAUCUGUUGUGCUGGAGCUGAGGAAAAUGUGUGCUGGGUUCCAAGGACAAGCCAUUGCUACCACAGAGGAUGAAGGCCCAGGUCAUACUGAAGAAGUGGCACUGGAUGAUGAAAGCAUGCAACAAAACAUUGCAGGGAUUGGCCAGAGGAUAUCAGAUUUAACAGAACAUGUUAAUGAAAUGAAAAAGAGAGUUAUCAUGAUGAGUGAGCAUGUACAGAAUGGACAGCUGAAGGAUAGCAAGCAAACAGACAAUAAUACUGACUUUGAGGAAGAAAGGCAAGACAUUGUAGAUGGCUUUGACAAACUUUUAGUUCAGAUACAAGAGAUUAAGUCAUGUGAAACAAAGCUACUUAGCCUGACCAGUGCAGAAACAUCUACUACAGAAGAACACGGUGAGCAAGCUACUGCAGUUUCUCAGCUAGUAAAAGAGCUGGAUAUAGCACUAACUACUGUUGGCAAAAUGCUGACUGAUAUUGAACCCAAAGCAAUUGAACAUUGCGAGUCGGUCAAGACAACUAAAGCAUGUGUGGUGGAUGAGAUGGAGACAAAAGAACCCCAGGAAGAAGGUAGAGGGUUUCUUAGCAGACUGUUUGGAUGGGCAGAAAGAGACACUGACGAUCCUCCAGAGCAAUUACUUGCUGAGAUAUCUGACACCUCUGAAGAAACAGCAGACACUGACGAAAGGGACAAGGACCCAGUUGCUGACGUGCAAAGAGCUCUGGUCUGUUGUCAAGAGAUAAACGAGGCACGAAGUAAAGUUCUAGAUAACUAUCAGGAACGGUUCAAAGAGGGCACAAGCGAAGUGAGGACACAAGAGACUGGCCAGAUCAUUCGUAGGGAGUUGGGAACGAUUGAGUCCAAGAUCACAGAACUGGCUGGGCUUCUUUACAAGAAAACAACAGCUGAUACAGAUACAAAGGCAGAACAAGGAUCUCCCCUAACUGCUUCAACUUCAGACGAGGACAAGUUGUUGUUGGAAGUUUUGACCUACUGUGAGGACAUGAGGGAAUCACAAGUGAAGAUAACAGAAUUGUAUGACCGGAGACUGAGGGAAAGCACAGUGGCAGAUGACGGGUCUGAGGCAUGUGUAUAUCUAGCCACAAGGAUAAGCAAGGAACUGGGAAGCAUUGAAUCCAACACAACCAAAAUCACUGAGAAGCUGUCAUCUUUCCUGCAAGAUCUCACUGGGAGGGAGGAUGCAAAAACAGAAGUAGAGAGGUCACAAGAGAGCAAAGAAACUCCUGGAAUUUUUGGCCGUCUCAUUUGGUGGAGACAAACAGUGGAUGAGGACAAAAAGGCAGCAGAAACAUACAUUCCAAAUGAAACAGGAACACUCGUAGCAAACAUGCAGAUGAUAUGGGCCUACAUUGAAGACAUGAAACAAACUCAGACAUGUUUUGAAGAUGCCUACAGUGACAGACUUGGGGAUGGAAUCACGGAGGAACAGAUUCAAGAAGUGGAGACAGUCAUCAGGACACAAAUGGAACACAUGGAGAAAACAAAUAAAAAGGUUGUGGUCCUUCUUGAGGAGAUCAAGCAAAAAAUACAAGAUGGUGACACUGAAGAUGUAGGUAUGGAGAAACAGCCAGAAGUCAAGCUACAUCUACAGGAUGUUGCUUCUAUUAUGACGGAGUGUAAAGAGUUGAGGUGCCGUGUUGAUGAGUUAUACCAACUACGACUCAGCAGUGAUACAGAAGCAAACCAAGAUGGUACCACGGACACAUCGGCCAUCUCUGUUGACGUACAACUGCGCCAGGAGAUGAACAUUAUGACACAGAAGCUUGACAAGGCAGGGCAGUUACUGCUCAUGGCAGAGGCUUUGACUCAGGGCUGCAAGGUACAAGAACCAAAAGAUACUGACGUUGCGGAAUCUGAAAAAUAUGCUGCAGAUGCACAAACAACCAGGCACUCUUCCUGGUGGUGGACUAGUGACACCACAGAUGCCAAAGACAGCAGAGCACAAUCAACAGAGAUUCCCACCAUGAUUCAGGAACAAGAUGAAAGACAGCAUGCCACCUUGUCUGAAGGAAAGGAAAAAACAGGAAUGUUAAGGAGAUUAUUCCGAUGGUGGAGUAGAGGUUACAAUCCAGAUCAUGUUACCUUUCCAGGCAGAGAGGAACUUUCUGAGAUUGAAUCAACUUUCUCAGGCAAGGAUGACAGCCAGGGAGUAACACAGAAAGAUGUCGACACCACCGAUGCUCAGAGUACAACACAAGACCCUGGUAGUUCAGCUGGUAAAACUGCUGACAAAGAUGACGUUGUUGAAGAUUUGUCUGCAAAAACUGAUCACCAAGAGGUUGAACCAGAACCAAGUGAACACAGGGGCCUCUUAGGAAGACUUUUUCAGUGGUGGGGGACAGGACAACAGUUGGCCCUUCCAGAUGAGAAUGAACAAGUGGACGUCUCCCUGACUCGAGAAGUUGAAUCAAACAUUGAAGUCGUCAAAAUCUACCUCUUUGAGCUCAGGAACAUCUGUGGCUGUUUGCAAGAGAGGUUUACAAUGGAGGCUCCAACAGUGCAUGGUGGUGCAGGUGAAGAUGAUGAAGACAGGGACAAAAUAGAUGAAGCAACACAACAAUUAAUCGCAAACAGGCUGGGGGAAAUAGCCGCAUUGGUCAAUGACAUUGGCACAGUGAUUCCCAUUGAAGAACCACUGUCGCCAGAAGGUGGUAAGUCUGUUACAGUACAGGAGAAUCUUGAGAAAAUCAGGGUGAGUCUUCAAGAUACAAAUGCUAUGUUUACUGAGAUUCAAAGAAUGCAAGAGCAGAGUGGAACUGCCACAAGUGUAGCCAAAGAACUGAAAAAUAUGGAAGCCAAACUAAAAAUGUUAGCAGACACAGUAGUCAACAUUGAACCUGAAGUAAUGAAGUACUGUGAGGAACCAUCCACUGAUGUUCAAGAGCAGGAAAGUGUUGCUCCUCCAGAAGGCAAGCAUGAGGGAGCACAGAGCGCAGGGGUCCUCACUAGGAUGUUCAAACACUGGUGGGAAACCAACUACAGCCCAGCACAACCUGAAUCUGAUGGAACUGAAGAGGAAGAGACAGACGGGACUGAGGAGGACACAAGAGAAAGGAUCAAAGCUGCAGCAUCAGACCAAAUGCGAGCUUUCCUGACAAACCUCGAGAUCACAUGGGUCCACAUCCUGGAAUUGAAACGGAUACAGAUCGACAUGGAAGACAGCCACAAGCUUCAGGGUCAAGGAACAGAAGAGGUUUCUCAAUCCUGUAGCAAUGUGCAACAAGAAUUGGCAAAGAUGGGCGAAAAACUUGUGACGGUUCACCAACUAAUCACUGACUUACAAAACAGCAUUCCAGAGGAAAUGAUGGCAGCAGAAAUGACAGCUGAGGAAUCUGAAUCUCUCCACGCCAAAGUGUCAGAACAGCUGAAUAGGAUUUCCUCCAUUGUUGAUACUCUACAGACAGACCAUUUCAACGUCACCAACAAGUAUAGCGUGUCCACGUACAUGGAAGAUGACUCAAGUGUGGAACAAUUUGACACCAUGUUCAAUGAGGAGAUGGAAGGCAUCAGGAUGAAGCUGGAAGAGGUGACUGAACUGUUCACUGACGUUGAAGACAUUGUGCUGAAAGAGAUGAAGAGAAAGCAUGGGAAAAAAGAGGCCAAAAUCAUCAAGAGCAAAAAGGUGGCUGCAACAACUGCAAAGGAACCCAUUCAAGAACAAAGAGAAGGUAUUUUUAGUAGAUUGUUCUAUUGGAGGAAAGGUUCAGAAAGAAGAGAAACAGCACCUGAAAGUGAUGGACAAUCUUCCACAGAGUCUACAGAUGAAGAAAGAACAAUCAAAGUGACUGAGAGUAAGGUAACCUCCAAGCAACAUAGUUUGGUCCAAAGACUUUCUGAUUGGUUCACAGGAAGAUCUUCAUCAGAUAAAAGAUCUUCCUCUCAAGAAACAUCUGUAGACAUGCCUGCAGCAGGAACAUCAAGCACAGGUCAACCGUCCGAAGGUUUCACAACUCAAGUGACCAGAGAAAAUGAAGAUAGACAAGCAGGAGUAUUUACUACAAUUGUUGAGUGGUGGAGUAAUGGUUUUAGAACCACCAGUGUUAAAGAUAAGGACGAGGCACCUACCAUGCCACUGGGGCUGCAAGACUUCAUAGCAAGUGUCCAGUUAGCUGAUGUCUACUGUACCCAAACACAAUCCUCACUGGCAGAGCUGGUGGACAUCUACCACCAGGUACCAACAGAGGCUGGUGAACAAGGAGACAUGAAGAGGGAGAAGGACAUCAAGAGUAAACGUCACGUUAUCGAAAACAACUGGAAAAUGCUGCUCUCAACAACUGUCAAGCUGGAAUCUGCUCUGGCCAAAGAUGGGGAGAGACAAGAGGAUGGUUCAAAGAUCAUGGAGGAGUGGAUAAAGGAUGAUGCGACGUGGGAACAAGCCUUAGCAUUGUCUCAUGACCUGAAAGAGAUGAUUCAAGCAACACUGCAAACAUUGCCAUGGACUGGGUCAAUGGGUGAGGAACAGGGAGAAACUACCAACAUCACAAUACAGGCCAUGCAGGAGAUGCACAGCUCUCUGGACAACGUGAGAAUCAAAUUACAGGCAGUGGAACGAUGCAUGCUGUCAGGGAGAGCUCUACAUGAAGAACAACUUCUGCAAACAUCAGAGUUGAAGGCCCGACAGGAUAUAGCUGCAGAGGAAACAGAUGGACAAGGCAAAGAUGCCAAGUCAAGUGUAUUUGGCCAAGUACAAAGGUGGUGGUCAGAAGUGUACCAGCCCAACUAUGACCAGUACAGGGACAGUAUGGAAGAGCCAGGGACUGACUCCCAACCAGUACAACCACACAUAAGCAGAGAGGACCUAAAUGCAGCUAUGAUGGAAUCCUCAACAGAAGAUUUUGAGCCUACAGAUGAGUCAGCAGGUAUUCUACUGAAUGACGCUGCAGACGAGAGCAUCAUGUCAAAGGGACUAAGGCUUGAGCUGGACAAACAGCUAGACAAACUAAAUGAGAGGUCAGAGGACCAGGGCAUACGUGAGAGGAUUUUGGGACUUCUGGUUGUGGCCAGUAUUUGGUUUGUUGGGGGAGUGAUGUACGUUAACACUAACCAUGUCCUGUAAUAAUAGUUUUCAUACUAGAGACUUUAAGGUAUAGGGACCAACUAGUACAAGUACAGAACAGCAAUAGCUAGAAUCACAGACAUAUAGGGCUCAAAAUACAGGUGCAUAUGCAGGUAAAAUUGUAGCUGUGUAGGUAUUCCUGUACUUGUCUGAUGCCUGCAAUUUUCAAUGUAACAUGCACCUGAGUGCUUUUAUGGAAAAAUGUAUUUUAAGCCCUGACAUGUACAUUUGUAUGGAUAGGGUAGACAAGAUUCUCAGUUUGAAUGUGCUCAUAGAUACAUGUAUGUGUGAGUGAUGGCAUCACAAUGUGCCUGUAUAGAUAUAUUCAGGGUGGAACAAUGUAACCUUUUAUAUGUAGCUACCAAUGAAACAAGAACAAUAGUCAGGAGUCUGGGACACAAAGAAAUAUGAUAUUCACUGUUGGGGCAACGGCAGCAAUGGCUUUGUAUGUGAAGACCACUAAUGUCGUGGGGUUGUCAUCUGAUAUUUGUAGUCUGUGAAAUAUUACUAUUUUCUGAAAAAGCUGAAAAAUUAUUUUGUUAGAAAUGUAUACUAUGUCUUUAAAAUGGAGGAAAGAUUAGUGUGCUUCGAUUAUACAAUGUAGUAUUGCAGACAUUUUUAUGGUGGCAGAUUGUCAUGUAAUCUAUAAUGUAUGAAGGGAUCAGGUGUGUGGAUGAAUUAGUUAUUAGCUGGUACGUGACAACUUAUGGGGUAACGUCUAUGUUAAUGUACUGUACAUUUUUACUGCAUUACAGGACUCACCAAUGGAAAGCCUAUGCUUAAAAAUAAUGUUGGGACAUUCAUUCAUUUGAUCAACUUUCACAUUGCCUUACAGUCUAUUGGCUAGUGGUCAAUGCCUCUGGAUUUGUGUAUUGUAUUAUGAAUACAAUAUAUUAUUUUUGUGGAGAGGGCCUUAAUUACUAUCCAUCGAAUGUUCAUGUAUGGUAAAGGAUGCUCAGAUUCUUCAGAUUUUUUUAGAUUGGGUUAUUUUACGACUUGAUUAUUCAGAUUAUACCAAGAGGCCAGAUAAAUAAGUGUUACAAGUAUCACAUGGAAUACAGUAUAUUUAUGUAGGAACCAUUUAUUGCAACAACGAAGGUUUAUUUACAAUCAAAUUCACUGUGUACAACAGUUACUUAGUAUAGCUAUAACUUAGUUAUAGUUACAGUUACAAUUUUUGAUGCUUCAAAGAACACUUAACCAUCUUUAAAUAUCAGGACUAGUCUGUGUGAAGCUUGGUGUCUGUUGUGUUACUUGUUGGAUUAAAUAUGGUAUGGUACAAACACUCCAGUGGUGGUUUUGGCAGUUUCUGAAUGGAUGAUGGAUUCAGUCAGUUUAUAACUAUAUAAGUACUGUUGCUUCAUUUCUUUGGUGCCAAAUGUACAAGCUUAGACAAAGCAUCAACAGUAUAAAACAAAAAAUUACUUUAAAAAACUUUCUAAACUACAAACAAGCUACCUUUAAGCAAAUAAUUCCAACCCUAGAAUCAGCCAAUUAAUUUUUCCCCAGAAAAAAUAGUUAGGAUGAAACCAUCUUGAUUUUAAACCUCAUGCAACUGUCAUAAAAUCAGCAGCUCUGCAAAGGUUAUUCUGCAGUAUCUUAAAAACAUUAUUCAGUAAUGCAUGCAAGGCUGUGACAAUGUUAAGGAAGACUGCAGUGCAUUUUGUACCAGAUAACUUGUCCCAGACGUUAAAAUCACAUUCCUUGCUGCUACACAUGGCCCAACAAAUGCCUCAGAUGAUCUAUGACUUUAGAAAUAUUGAAUCAGAUUUGAUAAUAUGACAUCAUUUCAGUUUUGAUUAAAAUGUCCCAAAUACCUAAAUUAUAUCAAGUUAACUCGAUUGCUUGAUUUCAAGACUAAAAGUUGAAAGUUUUGCUUCAUAUCAUAGUUUAAGAAAAAUAAAAACUAAACCCUUGGGUCAGUGUCAAAACGAAACUGUAACUUCAUCAGAUGAAACUUGAGGUGUUUUUAAACAAUUAAAAGAUACUAAAUCUUCUUCUUCAGGGAGACAAAGUUCUAAGGAUCUUUUAUAUUUACAUAUUGCUGACAGUACAGCUGAUACAUCUAUUUACAAGCAAAAACGAGCCCACAAACUAUGCAGACUGCCAUCUCAGCCAGAUACAUGAGCCUUCAUAUACAUGUGUACAUACAACAACAUCCCGUGAAAGUUAAUAUAUACUGAGGGCAGCAGCUAUGAUGCUCUGCCUCCAUUGUUUUGUUUACUACUUAUGUUUAAACUGGCAGUUUAAGAACUUUCCUGACGCUUCACAAAGCUGCCAGGCAGCCAUACAGAUUUCACUGCAGGAUCAUUGAUUGAUCAUUAACAUGAUUGAUUCAGAACUUGUACUUCUAGCCU